AUGUUGCCCACUACAGUUGUUGCUCUGUUUGCGGCUCUCGCUGCCGCCGCACCGGCCUCUGACUCGCUGGAGAAGCGUCGCGUGCAGGGUGAACUGGUUGUCCGGGAGGGCGCUGCCCCAGCGGCGCCGGGGGCUUUGCUUGUUGCACCUGCUGCACAUGCUGGGGAGUCGGCCGCUCCUGCAGCCGAGCCGGCCAAGCCAGUUGAACAGGCUGAACCAGCUGAAGACAUCGAACUAACCGAAGAGCCUACACCAACCGAACAGGUCAAACGAGCUGAACAGGCUAAAGCAGGCGAUGCGGCCAAAACAAGCGAUGCUGCCAAAUCAGACGAUGCUGCCAAAGCAGGCGAUGCUGUCAAAACAGGCGAUGCUGCCAAAACAAGCGAUGCUGCCAAAUCAGGAGAUGCUGCCAAAACAGGCGAUGCGGCCAAAUCAGGAGAUGCGGCCAAAACAGGCGAUGCUGCCAAAGCAGGCGAUGCUGCCAAAACAGGCGAUGCGGCCAAAGCCGGCAAAGUCCGCGGCUGCGAAGACCUCAAGACGAACGGCCCCGUGGUCGAGCACAAGGUGGUCCAGGGCGACACGCUGAGCAAACUGACUGCCACGUUCCAGUCUGGCAUCUGCAACAUCGCCAAGGAGAGCAAAAUCGCCGACCCGGACAAGAUCGACGUUGGCCAGGUCCUCAAGAUUCCCAGCGGUCUCUGCACGCAAAACGUCGACAAUUUCACGUGCAUCAAGGCCGCCGCCGCUAACCCCAACACCGACGAAAAGGGCACCUGCCUCAAGAAGGGCCCCUUCACACGCGUCAUCAAGCAGGGUGACAGCUUUAUCGGUAUCGCCAAGGAGCUGGGCCUGCAGGAGAAGGCUGUUCUCGAUGCUAACCCUGGCGUCGAUCGCUUCAAUCUGCAGCCCGGUCAGACUAUCAACUUGCCCCAGUGCAAGACAUAG